AUGGCCAACCCCAUACACACAAUGCCAGGCCUCCUCGCAGCCGCCGCCGGCACCCUCCUGCUCCUGGCGCUGGCGUACCUCAUCAACCUCAACCGCCUCCUCAGCACCACCCCAGGCGAGGUGAAGAACCUAGCCGGGGACAGGUGGACAGACGAGCAAAUCAAAAAGACCUACGAGCGCCUGCGCCAGGACCCAAUCACCACCGCCUCGUACGCGGCCCAGCUCCCGCCGAGGCUCAGCAGGCGCUACCUCGUGACGGGCGGCUCUGGCCUGGUCGGCGGGUACAUCGUGCUGCAGCUGCUGGAGCGCGGGCAGCCGCCCCACACGAUCCGCAUCGUCGACUUCCACGCGCCGCACAGGCGCGACAUGCUGGAGCACCCGCUCUUCGGCGGGGUGGGAUUCUGCAGGGCGGACAUCUCGUCGCGGGAGUCGACCGACGCCGCCUUCCUCCGGCCCUGGGGCGGUGGUGACGACGACUCCGUGGCGAGGCUGCCCCUGACCGUGUUCCACACCGCGGCCGUCAUCGUCCCGUCGGCGCGGUCGCGGCUGGUGGGCGGGUUCUGCGACGCCGUCAACGUGGGCGGGACGGAGAACGUGCUGGCGGCGGCGCGGCGCGCGGGCGCCGACGUCCUCGUCAGCACGUCGAGCGCGUCCAUCAGCAUCCGGCCCGUGGGGCUGUGGGUGGCGCCGUGGCCGUGGGAGCGGUGGGGCGCGUUCCCGCGGGGCUACUGCCAGGUGCUGGAGGAGUCCGACUUCUUCCGGCCGCUGAGGCGCCACGGCGAGUUCUUUGGAAACUACCCGGCGUCCAAGGCGCGGGCGGAGAGGAUCGUGUGCGGUGCCAACUGCAGGGGGCUGAGGACGGGGUGCGUCCGGCCUGCGAACGGGGUGUACGGCCACCCGACUGACAAUACCGUCGGGGGCCCGCUGAACAGCCAGGUCACGCCGAGCUGGACGUCCCACGUGGUCCAGAGCUUCGUCCACGGCAUCAACUGCGCCCUGGCCCACCUGCAGCUCGAGUCCAUCCUCGCCGAGGCGGGCUCCCACUCGUCGCCCCAGGCAGGCCGCCCGUACUGCAUCACAGACCCCAACCCGCCCAUCUUCUACGGCGACCUGUACAACCUGCUGUCCAAGCUGGCGGCGACCCCGUUCAGGCUCGUCCCGCUGCCCCCGGUCCCCUUCGUGCUGCUCUCGUACCUGGUCGAGUCCUACUCCCUCCUGCCGCACAGGCUGCCCGGAUACCUGGCGAGGCUCGUCCCGCCGCUGAGGGGCGACAUCAAGCACCUGCAGCCGGGGCUGUUCUCCAUCUGCACGCACCUGGUGGCGGACAACGCCGACGCCGGACGGGCCGUGGGCGAGGGGGGGCUGGGCUACCGCGGCGUGCUGACGACGCUCGAGGGCAUGUGCCAGGAGCUGGUGGACUGGAACCGCGAGCAGGACGAGCACGCGGCGCGGGCGGCGCCCGCCGCCCCCGGCGGGCCCAAGGCCGUGAGGUAUUUCCACAGCAGCGUGUCGCUGGCCGAGCAGAUGCAGAAGGUCGGCCUUGCGGGCAAGCAUGCGAAGAUAUGA